AUGAAUCUUGCCUGGUGUUUGUUGAACAAGCAUCGCCAUUCAGAGGAUCAGAUAGGGAGCCUCGCAUAUUUCUUCACCAUCAUGAACAAGAAACGACUGAAUGGCGAAAAACCGGAUUAUCAUACACUUACAGCAGCUCUUUCACAGAUCUGUCAUGGCCUUGUCUUGAAUGCUUGGCUUGCUAAGUGUGGGAAGGCUGACCUUGAUGAAUUUGCCAGGUCAAAUCCAACUCCACACCAACUACAUACUAUUGCGAAGGAGAUUCUCCUGGAGUUAGCGACUCCAUUGGAUACAUGCAUGGACAACGGAGAGUUGGAACCCAAUGAACUCAACCCCACCGAUGAUCCUAUCCACCAGAACACUCGACUUCUUCUAUGA